AUGACGCGGCGCGAAGAGGUCAAGUUCAAAACGGUAGAUGGGGUUGUGCUGCGAGGCCAUGUCUUCCCUGCCCAGAGCAGGGGACCCGGCGUGGUCAUGAGCCCCGGUUUCAACGCCACGGCAGAGAUGCUCGGGCUUCCGACAACGGCGGCCGCUUUCCAGGCAGCGGGCAUAUCGGCACUGGUGUACGAUCCCCGAGGCGUGGGGUUGAGCGACGGCGAACCGCGCAACAACAUCAACCCGCACGUGCAAGUCGACGACAUGAGCGACGCCGUCACCUUCAUGCUGUCGCACACCUCCGUCGACCGGCGCCAGGGCGUCGGCCUCUGGGGCAUGUCCCUGGGCGGCACCGUGGCCAUGGCCGCGGCGGUGCUGGACCCGCGAGCCCGUUGGCUCAUUGUCGUGUCGCCGGCCACGGAGCCCACGCACAACAUGGUCAAGAUGCGCCAGGUCCUGGUCCAGGCCGCGCGCGACCGCGAGUCGCAGGUCAAAGGCAACGCGCCCUACAUGGUGCCCAUGCUGGACGGCCGCGGAGAGAACCCGGCCGGCUUCGACCCGGGGCUCGAGCGGGCCAGCGUCAUGCGCAUGCUCCAAGCUUACGACGAUGCCAACGUGCUGCGAGCCGCACUCGCGCCUCACCACGUCAACCGCACCACCAUAGGCACCUACCGGCACAUGCUGCUGUGGGAUUCUCGCCACCUGUGGAAGCUCAUCACGCAGCCGGUCCUGUUUGUCAUUGCAAAGCAGGACGACCUGAUUGGCACCGAUAAGCAGGUUGCCCAUUUCGAGGCGUUGCAGGCUCCGAAAAGGCUCCAUGUGGCCGACGGCGCCACCCACAUGGAUAUACUGGACAAUGCUCACCAGGAACGUGUCAACCAGGCGCAGGUACUUUUUGUCCAGGACGCCCUUGCCGGUCGGGUCGUAUCCCCUUCACUAUUGUAA